AUGAUGGUCCAACACUCAGGCCAGGUAUCUGCGUUAGAAGUCAGCGCCUCCGCAAUUGUUCCCACUUUGUCCCCUGCAGGGUCACUGGGGUUUGAUGAUUUCACAAAUUUAACCCCACUGGUGAAAGAGGAACUGAGGUUCGCCAUUCAGAAUAAGCGUCAGUCCCACAGGAUGUCUUCCACGUUGGACACGGUGACAGUUUCUGAAAGGCCAAUUGAAACAUCAGUCAUGAAAACAGAGUUUUCUCCUGAAGAGGAUGAAAGAAAAAAGCGAAGAAGGGAAAGGAACAAAAUUGCUGCUGCAAAGUGCCGAAACAAAAAGAAGGAAAAAACAGAAUGUUUGCAGAAAGAAUCAGAAAAGCUGGAAACUAUCAAUGCUGAAUUAAAAGCCCAAAUUGAAGAGCUAAAGAAUGAGAAGCAGCAUUUGAUAUACAUGCUAAAUCUUCACAGGCCCACUUGUAUAGUUUGGGCACAAAAUGGAAGAACACCUGAAGAUGAAAGGAAUCUUUUUAUUCAACAGAUCAAAGAAGGCACAUUACAAGGUUAAGUGAUAUGGCAAACAUGGAAAUAUUUGUGGUGUUCUUAACAACUACCAGAAUCCAUGGAGGAUCUGAAAUAACAUGUAGGAUUCUAUUAGUCAAGAGCCUUUAGCAAGGGCAGAUUGCUUUCUUAAGCAGAAAGAAUCAUUUUGGCUUGACAGCAAUUCUUCCCCUUGGAAGAUCUGGUCUCCAUCAAAUUGAAGAGUCUUCUGCCUCAAAUAUAGGCUUUGCACCUGUCAUACUUGCUGUUCCUAGGAGCUACAGACAACAGCUUCAGAAGUUUUAGCUCUCUGCUAGUAUACAGUAUCUGCACUCACAACGUUUGUGCUAGAACACUAUGACUUCUGAUGAUGCACACCAUACAGACAGCUGUGCUGGACAGACACUACUUUUCUUUGUUGCUGGUAUGGGAAGCAGACAGAGUAUUUUCGAAGCUUUGAUGUUUGUAGAAGGAUGGUUUCUGGCAGAAUGUACUGAUAUGCAAUGUUGCAUU